GAGUGUGACCAGCUGCUGGGUGAGCGCCGCGCUGCUGCUGGUCCAUUGUGAGCGGGGAGCCCGGGCGGAGCCGGAGGGUCUGUGCCGGGGAGACCUUCAUUACCCCCCCCCGCCGUGCCCGGCACGGCACGGCACGGCACGGCCCUUGUUCCCGCUGGAGCCACCCUAGGGCCGCCCCGGGCUCUGCCCGCCCCGCUGCGGAGCUGCAGCCUCCAGGGCAGCUCAUCUGCAGUCCCUGCACACCUCUUCCUGCAGCCUAACACAGUGUGCUCUGGGGACCUUUCCAAGCUGCGGGUGACGGGGCUCUGGAGUUAACAGGGUCUGUUCCUGGCUCUGUCACGGACCUGUUUAGUGACCUUGGGGAAGUCACAGCCCCUCUCUCUGUAACACUGUCUUCUGUGACUCGAGAGCAUGAGCACCAGCCUCAGGCAGACUGGCUACAGAUUGUCCACGUUUCGCCGCAGAUCAUCCCCUCCUCCCAGCGGGAAGGAAACGGCUGCAAUGGAGCUGGCUCAGGAGUUGGUGACCUUCGAGGACGUGGCUGUGCAUUUCACCCAGGGGGAAUGGGCACUGCUGGACCCCACUCAGAGAGCCCUCUACAGGGAUGUCAUGCAGGAGAACUAUGAGAAUGUGACCUCGCUGGCUGCAAAUUUUUCAAGCCUCCUUACUCCAUCCCUAAGGCUAGCUCAAAUAAGGUGGAGGAAAAAUAAGACGCAGGACAAAAUGUUCUUGGAAAUCAUGGAAGUAACCCACAAUGAAAGAGCUCCUCUGAAUGAGUGGAAGGACGUGGUAGUAAAGUACAGGAAAGAUGCCAGUGAAUGUGAGGAUAGGAGAGAUGCUCGAGAUGAGAGGUGGCGGCAGGAAGAUCAGAGGUGGUGGGAUGCAACACUGGGGCUGCUGCGUGAUCAAACUGAUAUCCUCCAACUGCUGGUGGAGCUUCAGGAAGAGCAGCAGGGUCACAGAGUGCCGCUGCAGCCCCUGUGUAACCACCCUCACCACUCACCAUGUUCCAUAUCUUCCUCACCCAGACAUUUAAGAACGCGUGGGGGAAGGCUUCGUGCACCCACCCACUCCACCCCCGUGGACAGUCCAACCAAAAGGCUGCCAUUACAUUGAAAUGUUUUUAGUGGCCUUUUCCUUCUCUCCUAUCCUCCUCCCAAACCACACCCGGGAUACCUUGUCAGUUCUCUC